UAACGGUUUUCAGACAUACCGCCGAGCUAAAGAUGGCGGUGGUCGUUUGGAUUUUUCUGCUAAAUUUUCUUCUGUUGUCUAAAUGUGCAUUUCUAUCUCCUUUAUAUAUCGAUACAGUUAUUGGUGCUGUGGAUAAUAUGAUAGAGUACUAUAAGAACAAUUAUCAAGACCUGAACGUGGAUGGAUUGUUUGGCUUGAGAGUUAUAGAGGGUCAUUUAGCAGCAAUAAUUGUGAAGGUUGAAAAUGGAACAAUAAAACAAAUAAAACCUAAUAUGAUAGAGAAAUUAAAAUCUAUGAAGACUGUGUCAACAAAAACAUGUGAAGAUGCUCUAGAUUUCGUUAGAAAGGAUGAUGAAGAAUAUUUUCAAUCUAUGAAGUUUCUUCUUGGUAAUCCUUGGUCUUUGCAUAAGGACUACAAACAUUUGCAAUUCCAGUUAUUGUGGGAUCAACAAGUAUAUAAAAAGAGUUCUGUAUCUUCUUUAAAUGAGAAAGAGUCAGAUAAAUGUAUGAUGGAGAUAAUGGGGUACCAACCAUCAAAGAAGAAAUGUGGUGUCAGUCCCUUCUGUAUAGAACUGAUGACAAGGAAAGGGCUGACAGGAUAUGGUAUAACUCAUCAAAUGUUAUGGACCAUGCUGUCUGAACAGGCUGGAUGUUAUGAGGAAUUAUCAAAUUUACUUGUAACAAAUGGUAGAGGACAGACACAUAAUAUACAGUUAGAAUUCUGUACCAACAACUACCUAGAGAUGAUGCAUAUUGUUCAUGGCACUCUUAAAGGUCAAAUCAUUCCAAGGUUUCAGGAUUUAUUUAUGGAACAGCAAUUUGUUUGUCCAAGCCUUGGAUUUUACCAGUUUUUAUCAGAUAACUUUUUGGAUCAGAUUUUAUCAUGGCAAAAAGAUGUGGGUUGCUAUGGUAUCAUGAAGAAAGUUGAACUAAACCCAGCAGGUUUAAAAAAAUAUUUAGGGUCAACAAAUUAUGAUUAUGAGGAUAGCCCUGUUCAUAAACUAUUAAAAUUUCAAGGAAAACUUUCUCAGAAUAUUACAAAGUUUGGUAAACAUACUGUUAAUGUGCAACCACCAGUUCUGAAUUUAGCAGGUGAAUUAAAUACUAAUAAAAAUCUUGGAAAUGUUCAAAUGACAAACAAUGUUGUCAUGCAGAACGGACCAGAGUUGGUGGCCAAAGGAAGUGAAAAUGUUGUAAAGUCAUUUUCUCAACCAAAACUAGGGAGACCUGGUAUUGAACAGAAAUCAGUAUUUCAUGGACAGAGGAUGCUUCUGGCGGAAAAGGAAAUGGAGAAUGGAUGUUUGGCUCAUAAAACUGCAGUAGCAGCAGGUGCUUUAAUGAUCUAUCUACGUUACCUACUAUUACCUGGACCUAAAACAUUGGCAGAAAAUACCAAAGAAAUGCUGCAACAAAGACAUUUACUUAAUAUCAAUGAUAGCGGUGUUGAUAAGUUUGAUUAUAAAGGAGCACAAGAUGGCAACUUAGUCAAAGGUCUAGCAAUGAAUAACAAUGUGUUAGCAGCUCAAAUCAAUGAUAAUAAUAAAGACGAUGAUUAUUAUGCUGAUGAGAAUGAGGAAGAUGAAGAUGAAAAUGAUGAAGAUGAUGAAAAGGGAGGUAAUAAAAAUGUACAAUUUGAUGAUCAUCAAAAUGAGGAAAAUGGAUAUGAAGGUGAUUAUGAUGAGAAUAAAAAAGAAAAAAACCUCAAGGUGAAAAACCUAGCAGACAUAGUGGAAAAAAAAGUAGUGCCAAAACCAGAUGAUACAGACUAUACUUACUACGAAGAUAAAAAUAAACAUGACGACUAUACAAAUGACGAGUAUGACGAAAAAGAUAUCAAUGUUGACAAAGACAACAAAGAUAGUGCAAGUAAUAAAAUAAAAGUCAAAUUGAUUAACGAAUCAAAAGCUGAAGGAGAGUAUCUUCCAAGUAGUACACAUUCACCAAGUGGUGUUUAUCUUAUUAUUUCAUGUACAAUAUUUGUUUUGAUGAUAUUAAUGUAUAGAUUUUUAAAGAAGAGAAGGGUACAUAUUAGAUACAAUUAUAAAUCCUUCAACAGAGUGUAAAAGAUAUUUGAAGUUGAUUUUGUUUAUGGCUUUAGUAUUUUUUUAAUCCUGUGACUGAAGAAUAUCAUAUUUAUUUGAGAUUUUAUAUAUUUAUAUAUUAUAAGUAUCCAUUGUUAUGAAAUCCCCUUUUCCAGUGCUAUUGUUAUUUUAAGCUUCCAUUUUAUUGAUGUGUGUUCAGCUGUGUAAAUAAUUAGAACUAGCAGCUUGUAGUCUGAUAGUAUGUUAUUUUUAUAUACACAUAAAUCAGGGGAAACCAGACCUUGCAAUGUGAUCUAGGAUUCCUGACUUCACAUUAAGGAAGCUUCAGGGAGAAGUUUAUGUUGCCCUCAAUAUUCAGUAAAAUAACCAACAUCUUCUUUGGAUUUUUGAUGGCCAUACAACCAGUAUUACUGUCAUUUCUAUUUGAACCAGUUUAACUUACAUAAUUGACUUACAUAUACUUCUAUUUUUUACUUCGAUUGUCCAGCAUCUGGUAUGACCAACUUUAUCAAUUUAUUUCCGAGCAGGUCUUGAUCAUUUAAAGUUGUCAACAUUCUUAAUUAAAUCUUGCAGUGUUGCCUGCCACUGCGAAGCAUAUAUUUUCAUCUCUGGUAGUGGUACCCAUACUGAGUUUGUAUAAGCAUAAUCAACUGUUGUUUUUAUUUGCAUUGUUAAAUGAUAAGUCAUGUAUAAUUACUUUACACAUAUACCAUACAAUGUAUGUUUCAUAUGAAUAUAUAUUUGUAUGUGUAUGCUUGAAAAAUGUUUAUUAAUUUUCGAGCUAUAUUUUAGACAUUAUUUUAACCUAUGUUUUCUCUUACAAUUGCACACGUACUACUUUUAUUAUUUGAUCAAUUAGAAUUGAGAUUCAAUCAAAGUAAAAAGUAACAAAAAAUAAAUCUUGAGAAUCCCCUCCUUCUGUUAUGAAGCAGUAUAUACGGUACUAGUGUACAAAUGUAGUAGGCUCUAACUCACAUUUAGAUGCUUUGCUUUCUCUAAAGUGUGAUGGUUUGAAGUACAGUGCUGAGUUCACUGAAAUACAAAUGAGAUAUUCAGUAUACAUGGUAUAGCACAGUUAUAAAACCAUUUUAUUUGUAUGCCAUUUUUUUAAUAUUUUGUCUUUAUACCUUUUUUCAUUUUUUUCAAGAACAAAAUGUGUUGUUACAUUGAUAAGAAACUGUUUAAAGCUAUGCUAUUGUUUGUUUGUGCUAACACAUUUAUGAAAUAUAUAUCUAUGUACAUAUUUAAUUUCUAAUGGUCUGUUUGACAUUUGUAGGAAUCAGAAUUUUGAAUAGAUGAAUCAAUACUUUAAAAUAGAAUGUAACUGUCAUGACUGUACUAGGAUAAUUAAUUUUACAUUACAUGUUUUGAUUCAAAUAAAAACUUCUUGAAGAACAUAAGACCAUGUGUUCACAUAGCAUACUUUGAUUGUAUAGCUUUGUAUUUAUAAUGAAAUGUGUGGUUAUCAUGUUGCCACUACUAUUGUCAAUGCUUUGCAUUUCUACAAUGAUAUUUUGUUUAUGUAAUUGCUUAAAACAUUAUCUUUUUAUUCUAUUAAUUUGUUUUUUUCUUCUUAUUAUGACAUUUUUCUUUGUAACCAUCUUUGCAUGCUUUUUACUGAUAUUAAUUUUAAGUUAAAUCCAUGUCAUAACAGGUAAUUAAAGAUGUGCCAUCUAACAUCCGAAAAAGUGACAUGGAACAGGUCAAAUUUGAAAUGAUCUGUGUCCAUUUCAUUCUUAAAAUCCUAUAUAUUCUUACUGUAGUUAUACCUAUAAAGCAGAUAGGCAGCAUUAUCACUAUUUUGUGCAUUUUUCCUUUGAUCUUUUUUUGUGAUAAUUUUCAUAUCAUGCUUCUCGAUUGAGAUUGAAAAAUUAUCACUAGAAACUAAGGAGGCCAGUUGGCAUUGCUAAUGAAAUUGACAACGUCGUCAUAGGUAAAAUAGCGAUAAACAGAUUAUCAUUGGUCAUCUCAACUCGAUUGCUUUUCUCACUUUUGCUAUACCAGCUCAAACGAGAAAAUCAAUCUGGUUGAGAUAAUCAAAGAUAAUCUAUAAAUAGCAAUGCAUGUAGUUGUUUUAAAAAAAUGUAUAUAAAAGAAAAAGCCAUGACAUGUUAUAUACUCUACUCUAGUCAACAUAAGUAUGUAUUAAAUUAUUGAGCAAAGCAUAUAUUUAUUAUCAGCAAAAAUGAGUUUUUUUGUAUUAGGAAUUACUAUUGUAUUUUUAUUUAUCAUACAUCUACCAUUAGCAGAUGAACACAGUGUGACAAAAGCCUCAUUUGGCAUAUUUUAUCACUGAAAUUUAAACUUUUUACUUUGUUAAGAUUUCAUUUAUGUCUUUUUUUAGAGAUAAGAUUAUGCAAAACACAAACAAACCAAAUAAAAAGUAUCAAUGUGGUACCAAUAAGUGUAGCAAUGAUGGUGUAAAAAAUGUGCUUCUUAGCAAUUUUGAUGAAAAUGCAAAUUUUAGUCUAUUUUCAAAUUAUUUAGAAUCUGCAAAUUAUGAAUGCAUGUGAGAACAAAUAAAAUAAUUUGCUGCAGAAUUUUCAAUAUGGUUGACUUCUUUGUUAAACUUAUUAAGCACACUACAAUUUAAUCUAACAAAUUGUGUUUGAAAGAUUGAUGAUUAUGCUGAAAAGGAGUAUGUCAGAUUGUUAUCUAACGCUUUGUUCUGUUAACUUUUCUGGACUUAUUAAUUUACAAGUUAUUUUUGCAGUGCUGCUGCCGUAUCUGCUAUCAGAUGAGACAUUAUGUUUAUGACCACAUAACCACACUAAUCACAUAUAUUUCUCAUUAUUUUUUAUAACACAUUUUCAUUUUUGUUUUACACCUAUUUUCAUUUUUGCUGUUAACUUCUUAUGAUAUAAAACUGCAGCAUUAUUUGUUAUUAUCACACAGAUUUGUUUAUGUUUAGUUACAUGUAAUAAAAUCCGCUAUAUUUUUUUAUGAUUUCAUAUUUCAGAACGGGCACAAGACAUUUACCUACUAUUCAAUGGCACUAGGAAACAAUCAAAAUUUUAGAGCCUAUAUUGUAGCUAAUUUCAGAUCUCAGUAAAUCCAAUCACCUGUAUUUUAGAAAGCCUGAUUUUAUUGAAAA